AUGUUCAAACACGCUUGCAGUGACUUUCUCAAUGAUGUGUUUGCAUUGAGGAAAGCAUUCCCUACUCCAACACCAAAAACUUCGCGGACGCCUACCACCAUCUGCUCCAAUGAGCUCUGCGGAUCUCCAGGACAGUGCAUCAACCAGGACGCUUACGAGCAAGUCGGGUGCUGCUUCAACUCCCAGACGAACGCGUGCACCCUGAAGAGCGUCUCAGCGGCCUGCAGCGCUGUUCCAGUGACGCAGCGCGUCCCCUGCGGCUGGAGCUACAUCUACCCUGACGAUUGCACUGCGAUACCGGGAUGCUGCUGGCAGCCAACAGCGAACGGCAUCCUCGCGCCCUGGUGCUACUACGACAUCAACCAUGCACCCCAGGCUUCUGUAGCGUUGCAGGAGGUGCAGGCACCGGUUCCCCUCUGCCCGUCACCGGGAGCGCAGCGCCAGCCGUGCGGCAACGCGGGUAUCAACCAGUUUACCUGCUAUGCCCAGGGCUGCUGCUACGACUCGCAGGCGCAGAACCAGUGGGUGCAGAACGGCAAGCAGCAGUGCGACUUUGCGUCGAACCCGUACUGCUUCCAGCCCGAGAAGACGUGCGCGGUGGGUGAGUUUGAGCGCCAGCCGUGCACGAACGCGGUGAAUCACAACCAGCAGCUGACCAAUAACAUCAACAACAACCAGUUUGUGCGUCUGCUGAACACGCUUCUGUACGGGGAGCAGCACGGGACGCAGCGCACGAGCUACGCGCCGCAGCAGUGCCUGGAGGCGGGUUGCUGCCUGGGGCUUUGCAACGAGUGCUGCCAGCCGGUUACUGAGAACGUGUGCCAGACCUACGGGUACGUCUCGAACUCGCUGAGCGGCACGACCGGCAACGUAUCGAACUCGAGCUAUAUUCCGUGUGGCCCGGAGUGCUGCAACGCCGAGAUAGAGAACUGUACGUACAACCCGUUCAGCAACAGCAAUAACCUGCGACAACAGCAGCAGCAGCAACAGGUGCUGUUGCCGUCAUUCUGUGUAUGCAAGGACCCUACAAAGCAGUGCGGGACGUACCUGAUCGCUUCGGAUAACCUUGUGAACAAGGUGCGUUGUUGCCGCUCUGGCGAGGAGUGCAUCAACAACGAGUGA